CUAGAGAAAAACCGAUAGUUAAAUAACUCCUAGAGAACACCGUGUAUGCUGUUCUAACCCUAAAAUUUUUGUUUGCCCCCAAAAUCCAGUCCCCCAAUUCCAUCCAUCGAUCGAUCUAGGGUUUCCUUUUGGUCCUUGUAGCUGUUCUCUCCACGCGAUUCUUCUUCUCUAUUUCGCUCUUUGAUCCGCCGAGGAGAAGAAGGGUUCGGAUUCGUGCUCCCUGCUCAAAUUCAACUAAUUUAUUGAUUGUCGGCGUUUUGAGUUUUUAACAUGGAAAAGUUGUUUUCUAUUAGAUACUGACUCUCUAGACAUCAAUUGCCUUUGUGUUCCUCCUUAAUCAACCAUGUCCGGUCAAAGCCAGCGCCUGAAUGUGGUCCCCACCGUCACCAUGCUUGGUGUCAUGAAAGCCCGGCUUAUCGGUGCCACCCGUGGCCAUGCCCUCCUCAAGAAGAAAUCUGAUGCCCUGACUGUCCAAUUCCGUCAAAUACUCAAAAACAUAGUCUCCGCAAAAGAAUCCAUGGGCGAGAUCAUGCGUGCAUCCUCGUUUGCUUUAACCGAGGCCAAGUAUGCUGCGGGUGACAACAUCAAGCAUAUUGUCCUCGAGAAUGUGCGCUCUGCUUCUGUUCGUGUUCGAUCUCGCCAGGAAAAUGUUGCGGGUGUCAAGCUGCCUAAGUUUGAGCACUACACUGACUCGUCUCUAGCUGAUUCCAAGUCCUCCAAUGAUCUCACAGGGCUUGCCCGUGGUGGACAACAGAUACAAGCUUGUCGUGCUGCGCAUGUUAAGGCUAUUGAGGUUUUGGUGGAGCUUGCUUCACUUCAGACUUCUUUCUUGACUUUGGAUGAGGCUAUUAAGACGACUAACCGGAGGGUUAAUGCUUUAGAAAAUGUUGUGAAGCCAAGGCUCGAGAAUACGAUUAUUUAUAUUAAGGGGGAGCUGGAUGAGUUGGAGAGGGAAGAUUUUUUUAGGUUGAAGAAGAUUCAGGGGUUCAAGAAGAGAGAGGUUGAGAGGCAGAUGCGGGCAUCAAGGGAGUUUGCAGAAGAGCAGGUUGCUGAGAAUAUCUCGCUGCAGAAAGGGAUCUCGAUUGGUGCAGCUCACAACAUGCUUGUUGCUGGUGGAGAGAGGGAUGAGGAUAUCAUCUUCUAGUGUUUUUUAGUAUUGGUUAGUAUUCUUGCUUCUUCAAAAGAUUAAUUUACUUUGUGCUGUUGCUGUGCUUUGUGGAAUUUCAAAUAAGAAUGAUGAUCUUGUGUCAUUCACUUCUUGACAACUGUCUUAUAAUAAUUUCGGUGCAAGAGCUUGUAUGGGGAACUUAAUGUCAAUGUAUUACUUCUAGUGGAUACGUCAAUAACAAAUUUUGGUGAUGUUUAUGAAAUGUCAGGUUGUUUUGCUGC